UCGAUUCACACACUCAUCAUCUCAUUAUUCAGCGUGCGAUACUUGCUGUAGAAAUCAGUUUUAAUUGGAUCUGUGCGUGUCAGACAGUGAGAUGAGCUUCGGUAAAGCGCUGGUCAUCGUCACCGGAGCGUCUAAAGGCUUUGGCCGGGCUCUGGCUCUGCAGAUAGCGGCUCGUGUCACAGCGGGUUCGGUUCUGAUUCUGGUGGCCCGAUCCGAUGAUAAACUGCAGGAGGUAAAGACUCAUUUAUCCCGCGGUGAUGCUGGACUCACAGUGCGCUGUGUGACGGCUGAUUUAGGCUGUAAAGAAGGUGUCGAGAGAGUUCUGACAGAGAUCAGACACACAUCAUGCGCAGAUAUCAACCAGCUGCUGCUCUUCAAUAACGCAGCCUCUCUCGGUGAUGUGUCGCGGUAUUCUCGUGAUUUCAUGGACAUUGAUGAGGUGGACUCCUAUAUGUCAUUGAAUGUGAGUUCUGCGCUCUGUUUGACCGCUGGAGUUCUGCACGCAGUGCCACAACGCGACGGUCUUGUGCGCGUCAUCAUCAACAUCAGCUCGUUGUGCGCGAUCAAACCCUUCCCAUCCUGGGUUCUGUACUGCAGCGGGAAAGCGGCCCGGGAUAUGAUGUUCCGCGUGCUGGCAGAAGAAGAACCGGAUCUCCGAGUCCUCAACUAUGCACCCGGGCCGCUGGACACAGACAUGCAGCUGCAGGCGAGGAGCAACAGUGCAGACAGCGGUCUGAGGAACACAUUCAGUAUGAUGCACGCUCAGGGUCAGCUGCUCACCUCCGAAGAGUCCAGCACUAAACUCAUCAACGUCCUGCUUGAGGAUCACUACACCUCUGGAGCACACCUGGACUUCUACGAUUUAUAGAGUCCAUGCCUGAUGCAGAAAGGAAAAUGAAUUUGUGAUAUUCCAGUAGUGUUAUUAAUAAUCGACCAGAUGGUGCAGAACGAGUACUAAAUUAGUUGAUUACUCGUGCACAUCCCUAAUAUAUGUUGGCUAUACACUGUGCGAUUCAUGAGAAUGUGGAUAAAACCUUGAGAACUGUGCCUUGAUUUUAAUAUUUACAUUUCAGAACAGUUUGCAUGAAGUUGGCAUGAGCAUUUUACUGUAAAUUAGUACCAGCGAUGUUGUCAGAAUCUUUUUUUUGUAUAAUUCUGGACCAACAGAAAACAUCUCAACUGCUUUCUCUUUGCUCACUGAUGUUCUGUGCUCAAUAACUUGUUUAUUUUAUUUUUUAAUUACUGCCAUUUGUCACAAAUUCUGUCUUCAAAUAAUCCAGAUGGAAUCUGCAGACAUUUUUCAAAUUUUCAGAGAUGAUUUAUAUUGAUUUAUAUUGAUAUAUAUGAUUGUUUGAUAUAUUUUAAACAGGAUCAUUUGCAAUUCUUCAUUUUUUUGAUCACUUUCAAUGUUUUUUAGAUUUUAAAAAAGAAUUAUCUAUUGUAUUAUUUACAGUAUUUCUUAACAUGAAAUAAUCACAAAUUAUGUGUUUCUGUAUAUUUCUUUAAUCAUUCAAUUUUAUAAUUACUAAUGUAGAAAAAAUAGUAACAAAGUAGAAUAUUUCUAUACUUAUCUCGAGCCUUUGUGACUCGGGAUUUCUUUCCGAGUACAUGGCAUUUGAUUUGUGAUGCAAUGAACAAAAUAAAUCAAUAAAAAUGAUGAAACAGAAAUAAAUGGACAC